UGCAUUUGUAGUUUGUGUUUGUAGGUUAGCUGAAGUGUCAAAUUAUAAAUUGUACAUUUUUAAAAAUCUAUCAAACGUCAUGGCAGAGAAAACUGCAAAAGAAAAAACUAUAGCAUCUCAGUAUGCAGAAUUAAAUCGUUUUGGUCAAAAUGGAGAAUAUGAAAGAGCGCUGAAAGCUGCUAAUAAAAUUCUUGGAGUUGCCCCUAACGAGUUGCCUGCUUUCCAAUGCAAGGUAGUAUGUCUGAUACAAUUAUCCAGAUUUGAAGAAGCAAUAUCUCUUCUCAACAAGAAUUCGCAUUUUUUACAAAGCCUAAUUUUUGAAAAAGCCUAUUGUUAUUACCGGGCAAACAAACCUGAAGAAGCUUUGAGAACGAUCAGACAAAGUGAGGAAGAAAUAGAUUUUCGAACUAAGGAACUCAAAGCACAAAUUUUAUAUCGGUUAGAAAAUUUUGACGAAGCUGCUAAAAUUUAUCAUGAAAUCAUCAAAAAUACCGAUGAUGAUUAUGAAGAUGAAAGAUAUACUAAUCUAAGUGCCGUAAUGGUUUAUUUGGAAGAAAAUGAAAGUAAUAUUGAUAAUCUAGGCGAUAAUACUUACGAGUUGUGCUAUAACAAAGCGUGCUUGUUAAUUGCCAAUGGAAACUAUACUGAAGCAGAAAAGAAACUGCGACAGUGCGAGAAGUUAUGUAGGGAAGCACUGGAAGACGAUGAAGCUACUGAAGAAGAAAUAGAUAUUGAAUUGGCUCUUAUAAGAAUACAGUUAGGAUUUGUUUAUCAAAAACAGGGUAGAAUUAAGGAAGCUCAUCAGUUAUACACAGCUAAUCUGAAAACUAAACUGGAUGACAUAGCCUUAAUGGCAGUAGCCAGUAACAAUGUUGUUUGCAUAAACAAAGAUCAAAAUCUGUUCGAUUCGAAGAAAAAAAUGAAAGUGGCUUUAAAUGAAGCAUUACUUUAUAAACUACCUUCGAAGCAGAGAAAGUACAUAGCACUGAAUAAUGCUAUAUUUAACUACUACAUAAAUCAAACUGAUCAGUGUGAGAAAGUUUGUAAUAAUAUAGAAGAAACUUGGCCUGAAUUAAAAGUGCAGACUGUUAUUAUCAGGGCUUUAAAUUUACUCAAAUCGGGUAAUACAAAGGAAGCUAUUAAACUACUAAAAAAAUGUAAUGAGGAAAACGAUACAUUAUAUAUUAAUCUGUGUAUCGCUCAGCUACAUUUAAUGCAGGGUGAAAAAUUAGAGGCUUGUAGAGUUUUAGAAGAUCUUGGAGAAGACAGCUAUAAACCAGGAAUUGUUGGAGCUUUAACAACUUUAUAUCUAGGAAGUGGAGAGGAGGAAACUGCACUUAAAGUGUUUGAAAAAACGGUUGAAUUUUAUAAGAAGAAUAAACUGAAAGGUGUUGAUUUGUCCAGCUUAUGGAGACAAGCUGCCGAGUUUCAUAUUAAAAAUGGUCAUCCUCAAGUAGCCGCAAAUAGUUUAGAAGAGUUGUUGAGAGCAAAUAAAGACGACAAAAAAAUUGCUGCUCAGCUAGUGCUUGCUUGCUCACAGUUUGAUAAACAAAGAGCUUUGAGCCUUAGCAAGGGCCUACCGACAGUUAAAGAGUUAUCAAAAGAUGUUGAUCUAGAAAACCUUCAAACGAUUGUUUCUAAUACCGUCAGUUACAAGAAAAGCCCUGCUGUUAAGCCUGAGUCAUUACCGGGGACUCCUCGCGAAGAUGCUGAUAAGAAAACUAAAAAGCAUAAGAAACGUAAAGGAAAACUACCCAAAAAUUAUGAUGCUAGUGCUCAACCGGAUCCGGAACGAUGGCUUCCAAGAUAUGAACGGAGCGGUUAUAGGAAAAAGCGUGACCGUAGGGUAAAAGAGGUCAUCAAAGGGUCACAAGGAACUGCUUUUGGACAAGCAGAACAAUAUGAUUUUUCGAAAUAUGUGGAAGAAGCAGCUGAGAGUUCUAGCUCUACUGUCGAACCCUCUCCGAGAGUUUUAAAGGGGCAGCAGCAUUCCAAAAAGGCUCAGCAAAAACGAAAAAAUAAGAGACGAUAAUUUUUGUUACUUGAGUUACUAAUUUGUAAUAUUAAUGAAUUUAAAAAUUGUA